AGUGAUACUCAUGAGUGUUGUAAUUGCUUAGUGGAGAAGAAGAGAGAAAAUUAAACAUAAAAUCAAAUAAAUAUGUAAAAAGUGCAGUUUACAGCAGGAUAAAAUUACCCCCGACUUUGUAUUCCAUAACAACGCGUCCAACGUCAUGACGUCCGCCACGGUUGCGUCAUCACGUCUCCGCCCUCCAGAGGGAAAGCGCACAUUCCUAUUGUCCAAGAUGGCGGCGCUGGUGCAGACCCUCCGACGCUGAUAUGUUUUUAACCGACUUUGUGCUCGUUUCUCGGCGUGUGUGCGGUCACCCAGCGGCCCGGGGAGAAGCGUGUGUUUGCCGUAGCUGCCGUCUGCAGCCUCAGCGUCGCUAACAGGCCUGGACUUCGCUGCCCGGGCCCGGAUUCCCAUCGCAGGCUCCGAAAAGUUUGAGCACCAUCAUCCUUUGAAAAUGAAGCGGCAGGCCGGGAGAGAGGCGAGCCCGUCCAGAGCCGCCGCCAAGCGGAUACGGGAGCGGGAGAGUGCGCGGAGAGAGGAGGUGCCGCCGCCGCCACCGCCGCUGGCCCUGCUGCUGGCAGACAGCCGGGGAUACCACCGCCGGAGCCGCAGCCGCGAGCGGGAGAAGCCGCGGCUCCGGGAGGAGCGGGCUACCGCCCUGGAGCUCCACCACAGGCACGAACUCAGCCUGCUCGGCCGGCCGCCCCUGCGCACCGCCGCGGCCGAGCUUCCAGCCUCCCGCCCGGGCACGCUGGAGUACAAGACGCUCCUCAUCAGCAACCUGGGCUCGCAGGUGUCAGACGAGGACGUGGAGGACGCGCUAUUCCAUGAGUUUAAGAAGUUCGGGGACGUCAGCGUGAAGCUGUCGCACACCCCCGAGCUGGGCCGGAUCGCCUACGUCAAUUUCCGACACCCGGAGGACGCCAAGGAGGCCCGGCACGCCAAGUCCUCCAGGUUAGUGCUGGGAGAUCGGCAGCUCAAAAUCGAACCCAUGUACGUGAGGAGGCGGAGCGCCACGCCGCCCGACGUCGGGUAUUUACCUGUGCACGCGCCCUACCCGUACCGACAGCGCUCCCUGUCCCCUCCCGGGCCCGGCGUGAGCAACAUCAGGGACCUCCGGGCCCGCCACUACGCUCUGGAGCAGCUGGGCCUGAGCCGGGAGAGGGAGAGGCUGCUGGAUUAUUACGGCAUGCUGGAUGAGCGGGGUCGGCCCUACGGCUUUCCCCCCAUGCCCGUGGUGGAGGAUUUAAAACCUGAGGACGACCAGAGGGCCACCAGCAACCUGUUUAUUGGAAACCUGGACGGUAACGUCACAGAGGCCGAACUCAGGAGGGGCUUUGACAAGUAUGGCAUCAUAGAGGAUGUGGUGAUUAAACGUCCUUCACGUGGGCAGGGCGGGGCUUACGCUUUUGUGAAGUUUCAAAAUCUGGACAUGGCACACCGGGCCAAAGUAGCCAUGCAGGGGCGCCUGAUUGGAGGCAACCCCAUAAAAAUUGGCUAUGGCAAAGCCAACCCCACCACCCGGCUGUGGGUGGGCGGGCUCGGGCCCGGGAACUCUCUGGCCGCCCUGGCUCGGGAGUUUGACCGCUUCGGAAGCAUUAGGAACAUAGACUAUGUGAAGGGGGACAGCUUUGCUUACAUUCAGUACGAGAGUCUGGACGCCGCUCAGGCCGCCUGCACACAGAUGAGGGGCUUUCCUCUGGGGGGCCCUGAGCGCCGCCUCAGGGUGGACUUCGCCAAAGUGGAGGAGAGCCCCUCUCGUCCGUUUCCUCCUGGCUACCAGCCUCCCGUGGCACUGCCCUCUCACUACGACCUGCUCGGGGAGGCAUACAGCCGCCAUCGCAGCCUGGAGCGGGAGCUGAGGGGGGCCAGGGACCGCCUCUCGCCGCCCUCUCACAACCUCCUCUCCCUCCGGGAGCGGGAGAGGGCCCUGCUGGAGAGAGACUACCCCACCAGCCCCACACGAAGCCUGGAGAGGAGGACGGGAGGCGUGGAAGCGUUUGGGAGGAGUGGGCGAGGAGCCAGGAGCCGCAGCAGGAGCAGGGAGCGCUGGCUGAAGGAGCGGGAGGAGAGGAGGAGCCGGAGAAGGAGCCGGAGCAGGAGCGUGUCCGCUGAGAGGCAGACAGAGGAGCGGGAGAAGGAGAGGGUGAGGUCCAGGGUUCGCGGUCCACUAGGCACAGUCUCUCCUGAUGCGAGCCCAGACCGAGCCCGGGUCAGAGCGCCGGACUCCACCACGGAGCCACGAGACCACUCCCCUGACAGCGGCGGAGGGGUGCGGCACUCCACCACAGCCACCGCCGCCAGUGAAGAAGAUCCCCCGUCUGGCCGCCACCACAGUAAGAGGUCCUCCAGCGACCACGUCAACAACAACAACAACCACCACCACCAUCGAAACAGCGAGAUCAUCACCACCGGCUCCCCCGCUGCCAUCCACACCAACACCACCUCCUCCCCGAGCACGCUGUCCGAGUUCGCCCAGACGGCGCUCUCCAAGACGUGGCACGGCUUCUUCGCCUUGAAGAACAGUAGUUUCCCCACCGACCUGUACCUGCUGGAGGGCGGGGCGGCGUUCUUCAGCGCCGUGAUGAAGGACAGCCUGAAGCUGCAGAGCCAGAACCAGCCCAGCCAGCUAAAGAUCGCCCAGCGGCUCCGCAUGGACCAGACCCGGCUCGACGAGGUGUCGCGCCGCAUCAAACUAGGCCGCCCGGACAACUUCGCCAUCCUGCUGGCCCUCCAGGGCCCCGUUGACCGCCAGGCCCCCGCCCCCGAGCCGGGCCUGCAGGUGCGCUUGCUCCGUCACCUGGUGACGUACCUGCGGAACAAAGAAGCUGCUGGAGUCGUGAGCCUCCCCGCUGUAAAGGAGGGCGCGCCGGGGGCCAUGCUGUACGCCUUUCCGCCUGGCGAGUUCUCGCAGCAGUACCUGCAGGCUGCCAAGAGGACUGUGGGUAACCUGGACGAGGAGCACAUGGUUAUUGUGAUCGUCAAUGACACUAACUGAACCUGCACAGGUGUGAGCGCAGAGGAGUACUUCCAUGUUGUUUUUAGACAGAAAAGCAUUAUUAUUGUUUUACUCAGUAUGUUAUGAAUGAAACACGGCGAGCUACACUACGUCUGCAGCGCCCUCGGGGGCUCGUGGAAAAUGCGUUUUAAAAUUAUUAUAAAACACUUAAAUGAGGCUAAAACGCUGCACGCAGGCAGCGCUUGGUCCCGGCAGGAAGUAGAGUUUAUUGUGGAAGUCGUAUCGUGAGAAAUGCCUGUUUGUUACACGUGUCCGUGCGAUUAUAAACACGCCGCCGCCACCUUAUCGACGGGGAAACUUUACCCAGCCGACUGCACUGCCAGACAGAAUAAUAUAGGAAAAAUAUUACAAUAAAUAUUCACUUCUAAUAAGACAUAAUUAUGAAGCAGUGAACCAAAACGAUCUCAAAGGUCACGACUAAAAAAAGUUAGAAUUAAUACAGAAAUUGGAUGUUUGACUUGUUGAACACAUAAAACCACAGUUUAAUAUUAAAGUGGGAAAGUGGAACGUAAUGCCAGAUAAAAUCCAUACAUCACUUUGAUAUUUAAGAUUAAAAGUACAUUUUUGACUUCAUGUAUUUCUGUCCUUAUCUUGAAUGUGAUAAAGGUCACGCCCCCCUCAGGAGUUCAGGUGUCGGCUGACCCCGUCCUCAUCGUCUGAUCACUUCAGUACUGCUUAAAUGAUGAGUAAAUACAAUACAAACAGGAAACAGACAGAGGUCCCCUUCAAAACAAAAGCAGCGCCUUUUUAAACGUGUGCUUUAAGAAGAGCAGAACCUCAGAGAUAAAAUAUUAAAAACAAGAAGAACAAAAAAACCCUUCCUCUUCAUGCAUCCGCCGAGCUGUUCCAUGUUUCAUGAUUAUCUGGAGUCACGAUAACGGAACAAGCUGAUGUUGAAUCGUCAGUCUAAAAAUUUGAAAUGUAUGGAUUUUAUAUAUAGUAGUAAAAUUUAAAAUCUGAUGUUUCUCUCCAGACUUUUACAUCUGAAUGACUAAACUGAGGCCUCAUCUAAUUAAAUUCAAACAUUUUAUUUUUAUCAAAACUGUAUUUUACUCGUUUUUGACUUUUAAUAUCAGAAGAUUUACUUUGAAAAUCAUAAAUGUGACGUCAGGAAGCACAUUUGGUUAUUCUACUUCAUAGGUUGGACUUUUUACCUCAUAGUGUUUUUAUUGUUUGUUAAUGAUGAGGAUUUAUUUGAAUGAUUACUGAGGCUUUUUCUGCUUCGUGCUCUUCUUUGAACUGCUCAGUUUUCACAUCGUCUAGUCGCCGCCAGCUGUUGAGCACAUCUGCACAAGUAGGACACUGAGAGCAGGAAGUACCCUCAGACUAAACUGUCAUUUCUCACGAUACGAGUACACACACUUCUUGCACAGAGCAGCACUUUUUCUAUUCUAAGCUGUUACACACAACACUAAACCCCGACAGGAGUCUUUGUGCGCUCUCUGAACUGUACCGAGCUGCCCCGAAUGUCCGAGCCGAGCAGCACCGGGUGGUUUUAUUCAGAGUACUGUAAACCGUGGGGGAAGCGACGCUUUGUCUCCCCCUGUUGGCUUCUUCUGGGACUUUUGUUUUUUUGGUUAAGUGAGGCCGGUGGAUUCCCAACCCUCCGUCCCCACCGCUGUAAAGUUCAUGUUAGUUAGUGUUUUUAUCAAUUUAAAAUCAUUCCAGGUGUUUUGUUUGGAAGCUAUACGAGUGUGUUCGAUGUUGCAUGCAGGAAAAAAAGUUUGGUUUUGUCAGUCAACAAAACAAAAAGAAACGCCAGCUUCUCCAGGAAGCUGCUGAUGUUUGAUCAUAUUACUGGUUUUAUAUUGUACACAUUUAUACCUUUUAUUGGAUUUUAAUACAUCAGUCCAUCUGUUAUCCACACCUGCUUCUUUGUUUUUAUGUUUUCUCCCUUAAAUUGUCAUUUUUCUGGUCAAUUUUAGUCAAAUAAAACCUUUAACCAAUAAUUCAAGGGCUGAAUUUAAGACCAUUCAGAUGUGAUGAGUAAAACAGUUUGACACUAAAUUAUGUGAGAGGUAAAAAUGUGGUAGAAUAAAUAAUGAAGCCAAUAAAUAACAGUAAUUAGAAUAAACAGUUUUAGUUUAAUGAGAAAGUAAAGAAGCUUUGAGUUGAGCUGAACUGAGUUUCUUAUACAGCUCAAUGGUGUGAGAGCGACUCGGUCCGUGUUUAUGCUUUAAUGAUGAUGAAGAAAAGUGCACAAAUAUAAGGAAGCCUGUUAAUGCCAGUAAGACAAAAAAUUAGGAUGAAGAUUAGCUGUGAUUUCUUUUUUGGUUUUUUUUGUUUACUCGUUUUCAGUCAUGUCCGAAGCCAUAAUGAAAAUGUUAAAGAGUGAAAUUAACUCUGGCUUUUUGACCCAACACAUGAGUUUUAUUUUUAAAUAAUUAAUUGAUUCGGUGUUUUGUUUUAAUGCUGGUAUUUUCUCUCAUUUUGAUUUAAAAAAAAAAAAAAAUCAAAAUUGUGCUGAAAAAAAAAAAAAUAUAUAUAUAUAUAUAUAUCAUGACUUUUGUUCAUGAUUUUUAUAUAUCACGGCAAGAAAAUCAUGGCAAUAACUGUUCUUUUGUUUUUGUUUUUUUAAAUUUUGACAUAAAACUAAAUUUUAAUUAAGUCACAAGCCUGACUUUCUAAACUAAAAGAUAAAAUAUCUUUCUUAUAAAUAAAAUAAAAUAGAUACAUUUGUAUAUAUUUAAUAAUGAUGGUUAGCCUCCAGCCCAUGCAGUGCUGAAUUGGAAGAAAAUGAAUUGACAGCUUAUAUUUUCUGUUUUAGUUUGUCUUUUCUUGACAUUCAUGGGCUUCCGUACUUUUAGUCUUUCCAAGCAUUAAUUAAAAAAUUAUGGUGGGAACAUUUCAAACUCUCGAGGAUGCACCUUUGAAUAUUAUUUGAACAGUUCCUUCAAAAAACAGCUUGAAAAUUGUAACAUAUGAAUAAACAAAUAUAAAUUAAUCAAUGAAAAGAAUUGAUCAGAUUUCACUUGUUUGAGUUUCCCUUAAAGGUUUGUGAUGUGAGUAAAGAUGCCCCCCCUCUCCCCUUUCUUUAAAUCAAACAAAAUUGAUGUCAUACAUUUGUGCUGCUGUCAUUUUAAAGAUAUUAGUAAGUUUCUAGAGGUCAUCCAAGGUCAAGGUGGUGAACUAGCUAUUAUUUUUUAUUUUUGAAAAAACUGUUUUAAACUUGAGAGGCUCGACAGUUCAUGUAUUUAGUUUUGCUAACAGGAAACAUGCUUACGUUGUUCUGAUAGUUUUGUAUGUUGCAAAUAAAGUUUUGUUCUCUGACAGAAAACAAUUUAUUUUAACUAUUAUAAGUUAACUUAGUUUUUUACUUUUAAAGAGUGUGAUGAUGAUAAAAAGUAUCCAGUAUUGGUUUAUGUUUCACAACCUUUUUCACAGUAAAGAUGCGGCCUGAAUGACUUCUGGAAACUUUUAUUAAACGUAGUACAAAUGUUUGAUAUCAAGUUUAUUUGAUUUGAAGAAGGUGGGUUUGUCGCUUUGUGCCGUGAAGACAGCUCCUGGUAAUCUGGACGUUACGAUGUCCAAGUCCACUGUAAAUAUUUUCCACACCUCCCAGAAUAAAUGACUGUGAUGCAGUACGUCCAGCACAUUUACGAAGAAAUUUACUUUAUAAUUAUCAUGGUUAAAAGAAAACACGUGAUUAUUAUGAUCAAAUUAGCAGUAAUACUUUGUUCAGUGUGUGUCGCCCUUUUUGGAAAUUAACUGAAAAUAGUGCCGAAAGUGAACAAACGAACACGUUAAACACAUUAUUGAUGUAAUAUUGAAAUUUGAUGUUCAGAUGUGACUCUCAUUAAUG